AUGGGCCUCUACGGCCAGAGGGUGGGCUGCUUCUCCAUCAUCUGCGACAGCAAGGACGAGGCCGCGCGCGUGGAGAGCCAGAUGAAGCUGAUCGCGCGCCCGAUGUACUCCAACCCGCCGCUGCAUGGCGCCCAGAUCGUCAAGACCAUCCUGUCAGACGCUGAUCUGAAGAAGCAGUGGUACAAGGAGGUGCGCCUGAUGGCGGAGCGCAUCAUCAACAUGAGGUCCCUGCUCAGGCAGCACCUGGAGCAGCUCGGCUCCAAGCACAGCUGGAAGCACAUCACAGACCAGAUUGGAAUGUUUGCCUACUCCGGCAUGACUGGCGAUAUGGUGGAUGAGCUGGCCGCGAAGCACAGCAUCUACAUGACCCGCAACGGCCGCAUCAGCAUGGCGGGGGUCAACACCCGCAACGUGUCCCGCCUCGCCGCCGCCAUGCACGAGGUCACCAAGUGA